AUGGCUAUUGUUCUGCGUUAUGUUGAUAGGAGGGGAAGUGCGAUGGAGCGCUUUAUGGGCAUUGUUCAUGUUCGUGAUACUACUGCUUUGUCGCUAAGGAAUGAAAUUGUAAGUUUACUUACUAAACAUUCUUUAAGUCCAUCUUAUAUACAUGGACAAUGCUACGAUGGAGCAAGCAAUAUGCAAGGUGAUUUAAAUGGUCUUAAGAUCUUAAUGCAAAAAGAAAGUAGAGGUGCUCAUUCUAUUCAUUGUUUUGCUCAUCAACUUCAAUUAACUCUUGUUGCGGUUUCUAGAAGAUGUAAUGAAGUGCAAGAACUCUUAUUGUUGGUUUCUGAUAUAUUGAAUAUGGUGGGAGCUUCUUUCAAGCGUAGAGAUGAACUUCGUGAAUCUCAAGCAGAAGAAAUAGAAGAGGCAUUACGUAAAGGUGAGCUUGAAACUGGUAAGGGCUUGAAUCAAGAAUUGGGUCUUGCUAGAGCUGGUGAUACACAAUGGGGUUCUCAUUACAAAUCCUUUAAUAAUUUUAUCCUUAUGUUUGGCUCUAUUAUUGAUGUGCUUGAUGCUAUUGCUGUUAAUGCACAUUUUGAAGAAAAAUGUAAGGCAAAGGGAUAUCUUAAAGCAUGUUUAACAUUUGAAAUUGUCUUCAUGUUACAUUUAAUGCGUACUAUUUUAGCAAUCACAAAUAAGCUUAGUGCAGCCUUUCAAAAGAAGGAGCAAGAUAUUAUAAAUGCUAUGUUACUUGUUGGAGUGGCAAAGGAUCAAUUGCAAGAACUGCGAAUGAAAGGUUGGGAUUCACUUAUUAAUGAGGUAUCUAAAUUCUGUAUGAAAUAUGAUAUUUCAAUACCUGAAUUUAACGAGCUUUAUGUUAUCCCUGGAAGAUCACGUCAUAGGGUUGCUGAGUAUACUGUUUCACAUCACUACCGUGUUGAGGUAUUUUAUAGAAUUAUUGAUUGGCAAUUUCAAGAACUCAAUAGUCGCUUUGAUGAGGUGACAACGGAUUUGCUUCUUGGAGUUGCUUGCUUGAACCCAGCUGACUCUUUUUCCAAUUUUGACAUUGAAAAGAUAUUGAGAUUAGCUGAGUUAUAUCCUGAUGAUUUUGAUAAAUAUUCUAUGGUCGACCUUCGAUUUCAGCUUCAGAAUUACAUUGUUGAUGUCCGAGAUCAUGAUAAAAGGUUUUCAGAUCUUAGGGGACUUGGUAAUCUUUCCACGAAAUUAGUAGAGACAAAGAAGCAUGGGACUUAUCCUCUUAUUUUUCAACUUGUAAAAUUUGCUUUACUUUUGCCAGUUGCUACUGCUACAGUUGAGAGAGCUUUUUCGGCAAUGAAGUUGAUUAAGACUGAUUUGCGGAGUCGAAUAGAUGAUGAGUUUUUGAGUAGUUGUUUGGUGCCUUAUAUAGAAAAGGAUGUAUUUAGUCUUAUUCCUAAUGAGGCUAUUAUGAAUACCUUCCAAAAUAUGAAAACUCGUCGAGGAGAGCUGUAG